GGACGAGUUUCACAUUGCUGGUAACCUACUCCACAAUGAGAUUCUGGAAGUAAUCUUCUAGAAAAUUCCUAAUUCCCCCAAAUUUCCUAAAAUUCAAUAACUUAAGUUAUUCGCUCUAGUCUACACUACCUAAAUCGCCGGCUACUUUCCAAGGUGGGUCUACGUAUGGAAACGUUCGUGAACAUUACCGAAUAUUUGCCGACGACAGAAGCAGCAGGAGUUCGUAUCACAGUGCAUUCAAUUUCUGAACAGCCUUUUCCGGAUACUUUGGGACACUCAGCACCUACUGGUUUCGUUAGUAGUUUCGGUAUCAAAAUGAAAUCAAUGACACGUCUUCCAGCACCUUAUGGUGAUUGCGUUAGCGAAGGGAAAGAUGCUGAUUUUAUUUUUGUGGAUAAACAGUACAGUACUGAGGGCUGCCAGCGUAGUUGUAUUCAGCGACAUUUAGCUAAAACGUGUGAAUGUGGUGAUCCACGCUUCCCACCGUAUAGAAACACUAAAAACUGCCCUGUGGAUGAUCCUGAUAAAAGAGAAUGCCUGAAGAAGCAAGUGCAGUAUGCCAUAAAAAAUUCAAAACAGAUUGGAUGCAAAUGCAGGCAACCGUGCAGCCAAGAUGUUUACUCGGUAUCCUAUUCGGCAUCUCGCUGGCCUGCUGUCGGAAAAGGCAUUACCUGCCCGAACGGAAUGGCGGAUAAUCAUUGUCUGAACUAUAAAAGGGAACAAGGCGCUAUGGUAGAGAUCUAUUUUGAGCAACUGAACUAUGAAUCAUUGCUGGAGAGUGAAGCUUACGGGUGGCCCAACCUCCUCUCAGACUUCGGUGGACAACUUGGCUUAUGGAUGGGUGUCAGUGUUAUCACAAUUAUGGAGGUCUGUAUUUUACUCAUGGACGUGACUGUUAGUUUGUUGGGUCUAACAACUGGACGGAAGCGCACCUAUUCGACAAAGAAGAAAAUGAUUUCUUCAAAUUUUCGAUAUAAGCCAAAACCGCCAAGCUGAAAAUCGUUCAUGAUAUUCAUGUAAAAAUUCAUAUGAUGGAACUUGAACGCAUUCAAAAUGCCUUGGAGAGCGGAUUCUUUACAUCAUAUUAGUUUUCUCUUGUUUUCACACCAAGAUUUAAUUCGAUAAGUCAUCAGUUCAACGGGAAAUGAGUAUGCUAAUUCAUUUUAUUGCUGUUGGUAUUAGUCUUUGAAGGUACCAUACAAAUUUGAGGUUAAUGAGAUUUUGCUGCAGUACAACAGCAAGGCGGUUAACCAAGUAUUGCCCACGUCUCGUUGCAAAUGGUUUAUCCCAAAGUAAAAAAUCGCUCCUCGAGGUGGAAGCUGCUGGGGUCGCCACGCCCACCAACAUGAUGAUUUGCAUGCGACAUCAGCAACAUCCACUUUCAGCAGCAAAUUUCUCGC